UGCUUCCUGUUAGCUCUGCUAGUCGUCUAUGUAAUUGGCUUCAUUGUUAAAAUUGUGUUAAGCUAAAUUUCUUUAAUAUUAAUCAAAACUAAUGAACGCUGGUGUUAAAGUCCAAAACAAAGCAACAUUAGCAAUUGCUAAUUCAACAAAAGCGCUUUGAUUGGCAGCACACACACAUAUCUGGUUGAUGAUUUGAAACACCCUGUACGUGACGCAGUUACACAACGUCAAGAGAAAUUCUCAAAAUUUUCAGUCUGGACGAGUAGUAGGCCUCGCGGCCAACGAUAGGGGGCACGGAUACAACAACAAUAAGCACACAAUUAGAGCUCUGCGACAAUCGUUCAGCAGGGCCGCAACGAUUUUCACUUUCUUUACUUGGCAGAGCUUCUAUCAGUCCGUUGUAUAGUAUACCCGACAUGGUAGUCACUGCGUCCACUUGCCGCACGGAAACGGUUUUCGAUUACAGCUGGAUCCAUGUCGUUUCAGCCUAUUGGAAUCGUUAUCCCAAUCCGUCAAGCACUCAUGUCCUUACCGAGGACACUAUUAGGCGUGAAGUGCGUGAUGGAAAAUUAUAUUCUCGCCGUUUGUUAUCGAAGACAAAUCCCGUGCCCAAGUGGGGGGCGCGAUUUUACAACAAUUUGCCGGUGAAGAUUGUUGAGGACUCGGUGCUGGACCCCGUGAAAAAGACAUUUACAACAUUUACCCGCAAUCUGGGCAUGAAAAAGAUAAUGAAAGUGGAUGAAAUUGUAGUGUACAGCGAGCAAAAGGACGGACGCACUUUGGCGGUCCGUAGAGCAUACAUCAGCUCUCAAGUAUUUGGCUUCUCCCGUGCAAUACGCGCCUUUGGCAUUGAACGCUUCAAAUCUAAUGGCCACAAAGCCUCAAAUGGCUUUAACUACGUGCUGCGACGCAUGUUCCCGCAGAAUCAACUGGCAGCGUCGUCGCCAACAACGUCAGUCAAUUCGCAGAGUGCAGUAGCUAAUGUGACAUACAGCGAUAUGGCCGUUGCAUCUGCGAGCCACAGCAGCAGCAGCAGCGCAACAGAGGCUCUGAAGAGGACAGCGAAAAUUAGUUAUGAGUUUUGCAAGGGUCAUGCCAGUAAAUUUGCUCAACUCUUUUCCGUCAAGAACUAACUUAACUUAAACAAUAUAUAUAUAUUUAUAUAUAUAGAUAUAUAUAUAUAUAAACAUAUGUAUGCAUGCAUACAUGUAUUCCAAAAUAUAACAAACAACAUUUGCUGCAUUUCAUUCCGUGUGUUGAGCCGAACGGAGCCCGAUAAUCAAUUAUAUGCUCACCACAAUAACAAUGCAUGAACAGCGAGUCAUUUCACAUAUUAAAUGGGACUAGAUAGUUCACAUUUGAUCUGUAUAUUUCGCUAGAAACACUCAUGUAAAAAUUGGAUUUUUAUGUACUGUAAAUAUAUUUUGUAGAAAACACAUGCCUAGGUUAAAACA